ACGCAAAACAAAAUUUGCACACUGACUUAUGUGCGUCAUCACUCCGUUUGACGAAACUUUUCUCAACUGAACUGUUUUGGCGCAAUUAGUCUAAUACAUCCCUGCCAUUUUCAAUUUUUUGUUCCCUUAAACACUUCUGGCAAUCCUCCUGACAAACAAAACGUAUUGUCAUACAGUUUCUAUUUGACAAAGGAAUCCCUCCCAAUAUUAACGAAACGUUUUGCAACUGAACUAAUUAUUUUUGUUUGGUGGAAUGAAUACAUCCCACUUGUCGAAUUUCUGAAGUAGCACGACAGCUAAUGACUGUACCGCAUCCGGCCUGAAGAAAACUUCCAGCUGCAGAGUAUAUUUUCCGAAUCGUAGUACAGGGAGUUUCCACAACGUCUCACACAAUGAGAGGCGAGAGGGGUCGGGGCCGUAGUGGCCGUUUUAUGACUCGCGGGGGAGGUUCUGCGCCUGGAUUUCGGCCGUUUGUGCCUCACAUCCCAUUUGACCUCUACGUGUGUGAAAUGGCCUUCCCACGACUAAAUCCUACCCCAGAUGAGACGGCCUUCAGUGAUGCCCUACUGAAGAGAAACCAGGACCUCAGUCCCACCUCUGCUGAACAGUCAUCCAUCUUGUCACUGGUCACCAAAAUCACCAACGUCAUUGACAACCUAAUAGUUUCAGCUGGGGCAGUGGAGGUGGAAAUAGAGGAAAUGAGGCAGGUGGGCUCUUAUAAGAAAGGGACCAUGAUAUCAGGACACAAUGUUGCAGACCUUGUUGUCAUUCUCAAGAUACUGCCCUCUUUGGAGACGGUGACCGCUCUGGGAAAUAAGGUGGUGGAGACCCUACGCACCCAGGACCCUUCAGAAGUGCUGUCCAUGCUUCCUAAUGAGACCGGCUUUGAGAUCAGCUCUGCCGAUGCGACCGUGAAGAUCCUCAUUGCCACUGUGCCUCCCAACAUGCGCAAGCUGGAGCCUGAUGUGCACAUAGAUGUCAAGCACCUGCAGAAUUCCCUGGCUGCAGUUCGCCAUGCUCGCUGGUUUGAAGAGAGUGCCUCCCACUCCACGGUGAAAGUCCUUGUCCGUUUGCUGAAGGACUUGCGGACCCGUUUCUCAGGGUUUGAACCUCUCACCCCCUGGAUGUUGGACUUACUGGGUCACUGUGCAGUCAUGAACAAUCCCACCAGACAGCCACUAGCCCUCAAUGUUGCCUUCAGGCGGAGCCUCCAGAUGCUGUCAUCAGGGCUUUUCUUGCCUGGUUCAGCUGGGAUCACAGACCCCUGUGAGAACGGACACUACCGUGUGUUUACUGUCAUGAACCUAGAGCAACAGGACAUGGUGUGCCUCACUGCUCAGACCCUGGUGAGGGUGCUGUCACAUGGCGGCUACAUGAAGAUUCUGGGUCUGGAUGGAGACGCUAGCUAUCUGAUGGAGGAGUUGUCUACAUGGGAUGGAGUGACCGUAAAGCCUUCUGAGAAAGCGUAUGAGAAGAUGCCUGAGUUAGAGUUGGAGAUGGAUGAAGAUGGUGAUGCGGAAAUGGAGAGCAUUGAAGCUAAAGAGAGCAAAGAUGAUAAAGAAUGAUGGUGGUAAAAGUAUUUUUGAGUGCCGUUUAACUGUGUUGACUGUUCUCCUUUUGAAGGGAUUUGUUGUGCCACCUACUCCAGUUUAAUAAGGGCUUGUUUUGUUUUCACCCAAACCAGAUGCUAGCGACAAAGUGUGGCGUCCAAUGUUUCAUGUCGAAUCAUUUUAUAUAUGGUGUUGUUUACUGAAAUUGUACAAUGUUCUCUCUGUUGUAUAUCUAAGAUUUUGACUAAAAUGUUGCAUUGCAUAUUCUGAUUCAUUUGAUCACUCCCAAAUGCUGUAUAGUUUUUGAAAAUGAUGCAUUAGUUUGUAGUCUGAGCAGCUACGGUCCUGUUCCAGACAGUGGUGUGGUUGUCAGUAGUACCAGGGCUUUAAUGAGCUCAGUUGCUGAAUCCCUCAACAGCAGAACUGAAAGAUGUCUUGAUCAGUUAGAGGAGGUGUGAAGGGAGGGACGCCCUGUCAGCAAAUUAAACCAACAAUUUGCUUAUGAUUAGAAACUUUUUCUCUGGCCAAACAAACGUCUAGAUUGAGCCAUUGCUGAGUGUUAUCUUUAACCUAAUUAUUAACUUUCUGGUGUUUCUUUUACUGUUUGUUGGUUAUUUGAUAUUAAUGAGUAUUGAUCAUGUGUAUUCAACUCUGGA